AUGCCUCUUUCCAAGUUGCAGGGCGUGAAGCUCCCCGCUUCGGCGGACUUUCAUGUGCAUCUUCGUGAUGGUGAUAUGAUGGAGCUUGUGACUCCGACUAUUAGACAGGGUGGUGUGAAUACGGUUUAUGUUAUGCCGAACUUGGUCCCCCCGGUGACUACUGUUGACCGGGCGCUUGAGUACAAGCAGCGCCUGCAGGCCAUCGAGCCUAAUGUGAACUUUCUCAUGUCUCUGUAUCUCCAUGAGACCGUGACCCCGGAGACGAUCAUUGAAGCCAAGAAGCGUGGCGUCACUGGUGUCAAGAGUUACCCUGCCGGUGUGACUACCAACUCUUCUUCGGGCGUGAUCGACUACACCCAGUUCUACCCCGUCUUCGCUGAGAUGGAGCGUCAGGAUAUGAUCCUCAACCUGCAUGGCGAAGUCCCAUCCACGGGCGAUGUGACGGUCCUGACGGCGGAGGAGCGCUUCCUUCCCACCCUGCUGCAGCUGCACGAGCGUUUCCCUAAGCUGAGGAUCAUUCUCGAGCACUGCACAACCGCUGCGGCAGUGGAGGCUGUGAAGAAGUGCGGCCCUACUGUGUCUGGAACAAAUUGCUUAAUAACAAUUCUCUCAGUCACGGCCCACCACCUGUCGAUCAUCAUCGAUUCAUGGGCUGGAGAUCCGUUCUGCUUCUGCAAGCCUGUGGCCAAGACACCUGCGGAUCGUGAUGCCCUUCUGCGGGCAGCAGCCUCCGGCAACCCCAAGUUCUUCUUCGGCUCCGACAGCGCUCCCCACCCCGCUGUUUCCAAGAGAGGAGGCGACAAGAUCGCCGCUGGUGUGUUCACUCAGCCCCACACCACUCAGUUGGUCAUCGACGCUUUCGAGCAGGCUUGUCAGAACGGCGUCCUGAAGGAGGAAGACAUCACCCCCGAGAUCAUUGAGGGCUUCAUGAGCAAGUUUGGCCGCAAGUUCUAUGGCAUCGGCGAAGAGCAGAAGGAGUUUAUCACCAUUGACAGGAAGGAUGAGAAGAUCCCGAACAUCCUGAAGUCGGACAAGGUGGAUGUGGUUCCAUUCAGACGGGACCAGCAGACGUGGAGCGUGUCGUGGUCUGCAUGA